AGUAAUUUUUCAACAGUCAAAGCAAUCGGACGUGCAAAGGCAGCAAAGCAAGCUAGCAAAUAGAACAAAUUCAAACUAAUCGUAGUAAACUGAAAUUUAAAGACUAAGCAAAUUUAGUUGCGUACUUAAAACGUUCCUCAAUUCAGUUUCUUGAAAUAAACUUCAUAAAACUAAGCAAAAAUGGCAGCACGCCGCGUUACAGUUAACACACGCGUUUCACGCGCUUCCACGUCGACGCCAGUCGGAGGAGUUUCCACCUCGUCCGGUCGCUUGGGUGGCGCCACUAGCCCCACCAGUCCCACACGCACAACACGCAUGCAAGAGAAAGAGGAGUUGCAGCAUCUGAACGACCGUCUCGCCUGCUACAUUGAUCGCAUGCGUCAUCUGGAAAACGAGAACGGACGCCUCACACAGGAGUUGCAAUUGGCUCAGGAUACCGUUAACCGCGAGACUUCUAACCUAAAAGCAGUGUACGAAAAGGAAUUGGCCGCAGCACGUAAGCUGCUCGAUGAAACGGCCAAGGAGAAGGCCAAACUUGAGAUCGAUAUAAAACGUUUGUGGGAGGAAAAUGAUGAUUUGAAGCAAAGACUCGAUAAGAAGACUAAGGAAGCCACCGUGGCAGAGAACAAUGCACGACUCUAUGAAUCUCGCUACACUGAAGUGAACAGCAAAUACAAUCAGGCUUUGGCCGAUCGCAAGAAGGCCGACGAUCAGGUCAAGGAUCUGUCUGCGGAGAACGAGCGCCUGCGCCGUCAGCUGGAGGAUCUGCGCAAGCAGCUCGAGGCUGAAACUUUGGCACGCGUCGAUCUGGAGAACCAGAACCAGAGCCUGCGCGAGGAGCUGGCCUUCAAGGACCAGGUGCACUCGCAGGAGCUGACCGAGACACGUUCGCGUCGCCAGAUCGAGAUCAGCGAAAUCGAUGGCCGCCUCUCGCGUCAAUACGAGGCGAAGUUGCAGCAAUCGCUGCAGGAGCUGCGCGAUCAGUACGAGGGACAGAUGCGCGCCAAUCGCGAGGAGAUCGAGCUGCUCUAUGACAAUGAGAUUCAGAAUCUGAAGGCCGCAGCCAAUCGCGCUGCGCAGGGCUCCUUGCACGCCACCGAAGAGGUGCGUCUUAUGCGCACCAAGAUCGAUGGCCUUCACAACAAGCUGCAAGAGCUGGAGAACACCAAUGCUGGCCUGAAUGCACGCAUUCGCGAACUGGAGAAUCUUUUGGACACGGAGCGUCAACGUCAUAAUCAGUACAUUGCCUCGCUGGAGGCGGAUCUGCAGCGCAUGCGCGAUGAGAUGGCUCAGCAGCUGCAGGAGUACCAGGAUUUGAUGGACAUCAAAGUGUCGCUGGAUCUGGAGUUGGCUGCCUACGACAAGCUGUUGUGCGGCGAGGAGCGCCGUCUCAAUAUUACCUCGCCCGGUCGCCCUGGCACCGAUUCCGGCAUCUCGAGCAAUGGCACCCAGCUGACAGCCAGCGGUGGCUCCCGUACGGGCCGUAUUACACCCAGCGGACGCCGCUCGGCCACGCCCGGCAUUUCCGGCUCGAGUGCAGUGAAGCGUCGCCGCACCGUCAUCGAUGAGAGCGAGGAUCGCACACUGUCGGAGUACUCGGUGAAUGCUGCCGCCAAGGGCGAUCUGGAGAUCAUCGAAGCCGACACAGAGGGUCGCUUCAUCAAGCUGCACAACAAGGGCACCGAGGAGAUCAGCCUGACUGGCUGGCAAUUGACCCGCAUUGCGGGCGAUGAGGAGCUCGCCUUUAAGUUCUCGCGCGGCUCGAAGGUGCUGGGUGGCGCCAGCGUGACCAUUUGGUCAUUGGACUCAGGCGCAGCUCACGAUCCGCCAAACAAUUUGGUCAUGAAGAAGAAAUGGCCAGUGGCUAACUCGAUGCGCUCGGUGCUAACCAAUGCCGACAAAGAGGUGAGAGUCUUGUCGCUAUACAACACGUGCGGCACUUGCGAUAUCUGCCGCCACUGCAAACAUCUCGAGUUCGUGCUCGACCAGAUGUUGCCAGCUACGAUCGUGUCCGUGCUAACACUUCCAGCCAUGUCUCUCGGCACCGGAGCAGCGGCACGCCCAGCUCCGGCUUUACCCUCGGUUCCGGAGCUGGCUCCACUGGCGUAAGAAGCCUCUUCUCGCUGCUCUUCUAAAAGGACAACACUACUCAACACACAAACACACACACUUAAACACACACACAUACAUACACUCACCCACUCAUAGAGACUUAAAGGAAGCAAGACGAAGUAGUUAAGGAGCAGCAGCUGAAGGAGAACUGCAACACGUGCAACAUUCACACAUCAAAACGGUUUUUGAUGCAUAUCAAACUUUAAAAACAAAAACAAAUUCAACUUAUUUAAUGUACAACAACAACAACCAUUUUAUUGGCUGGCUCUAAAUGUUCAAUAUGCUUAAGAGAUGUUUAAAAAAACUUUUUUGUAAUUUAUAAAUGGCAAAAAUGCAUUUGAUGAAAAUAAAAAUA